UUUUCUACUGAACCCAGAGAGAGGAAGUGGGAAUGGACAUUCAGUCGUUUCCCAUUGGCCAAACCUUCUAUAUACAGAGAAACCUAUUCGUACAUGACACACUCCAUUUCUUCUUUUAGCUACCUUCUCUUCUUCUUCUUUUAUUCGUCGUCGUUUCAUCUAUCAGAUGGAUCGGAAACUGGUUUCUUCGCCGGUGCUUUGGAAACUCUCCGAUCUGCUGGUCAACGAGUCAGUUCCAUUUCUAGGUUUGGAAGAUGAGCUCGAAAGCAUCGAAACUAAACUCAGAGAUAUUGUUAACUCUGAGUAUUUCGAUUGCAAAAGAGACCUUGCUUAUGACAUUGAAGAGGUAAUUGAUUUCUUACUAGAAAAAGCAGCUCAAAAUACCCAAAAAGGAACCCUAGUUCAAUUUUUUUCCUCUUUCGUUGAUUCCAUCGAUCAACGCAAGCUUAGGAAGAAAUUGGACCGUAUCCGAUUUGAAAUCUUCCGCUCUACUGAUAAAUUAAGUCGCCGGAAAGGAGUUGAGCCAUGGCCUAAUCCUUCUUAUUCGUCUUCUUCAGUAAGGAAGCAACUUGAUGUGGGUGAGAGUAUUAUGUCCCCUGUGAUAAGGAAAGUUAUUGUCUUGGCCAGUCAUAAACAAAUUAGUCGUUCUGUUAGAAGACAAGCUAGAUGGGUAAGAGAUGAAAUGAGAUUCUUGCAUGUGUUUGUUAAGGACUUGGAGUCAAAAGAGUUGAGAGGAGAAGAAAUGGCUUGGAUGGAGGAGGUUUCCUUGUUUUCUCGCUCUGCAGAGGAUGUUAUUGGGUUGUUCUUGUCUAAAAGAGAAGAAAGUAAUACGUCUCUUUUCACAAAUCUUGGUUUGGAUACUUCCAAACUCAAAUCGCAAAGGAAACUCCGGCGAGAGAUGGAUCAAAUGAAGAGUAAAAUUCAAGAAAUCAUCAAAAGGUUUGGUAAACUCCCACACCAAAUGUAUAUUCCACCGCCAAGGUUUCCUCCAAAUUUGCCACCACCACCUCCUAUUCCUUUUCAACCCAACUUUCCUGGUCGAUUUGUUCCUAAUAUACCAGGUGAUGCUACUUCAUUGUCUUCUUUUGAUGAUGAUGAUUUUGAUGAUUUUGAUGAAAUAGAUGAUGGAACUCCACCGCCUACUGACGAACAAGUUCAAGACGUUGGUGCUUUUGACGGCAAUGGCGGUGCAUCAUCAUCAUCUUCUUCUCGCCGGGCUGAGAUACCUGAUGUUCCUAUCUUCGACGCCAAAAUGGAUGAUAUUAUGGAGAUGUUGCUGAGAGAUGAUCCAAAUUGUCUUACUGUUUCAAUUCUGGGCAUGGAAGGAAUUGGUAAGACAAAACUUAUUAAGUCAAUUUAUGAAAGUCCUGCUAUUAGAGAUCAUUUCCCUCACCGUGUUUGGAUUAGUUGGGUGCGUGACUCAAAUAUCAACCGCGUUAUGGAACAAUUAGUUGGUGCUCAGUAUUUGAAUAUUAGAGUUGUAAACGGGGAUUGGGAUGAUUAUUUAUGUAGGCUUAGGCGAUUGCUGAAUGAUUUCUUGAUGGAUAAGAGGUACCUCAUUAUUAUUGAUGGGUUAUCCUCAAAAGUAUUAUGGAAUCAACUUGGGGCUGCAUUUGAUGGCCUAUCAAAUGGAACUAAGGUAGUUUUCAUUUCGUCCAAAUUAGGAGUGACUCCAGAAAGUAGUGAGAGAAAUUUCACUUACAGAUUGCAAUUAUGGAGUGAUGAUGACAGUUGGGCAUUGUUUGUUCGUUCUUUGAAUGUGAAUAUUCCCUUAGAGUUGCUAGAAUUGAAAAAGAAGGAAAUACUAAGAGUAUGUGGCGGGUUGCCAAAGGCAAUAGUGAAACUUGCAGAACUUCUGGCAAGGGAAAAUGUAUUUCCAGAGGAUUGGUCAAGGGUGAUUGACAAGUUCAAUAAAGAUGAAGGUUCUUGGUCAGGAACCUUGCAAGAGAUCAACAAGAAUUUGCCAUUGUACUUGAGGAGAUGUCUCUUUUAUUUUGGAUUAUUUCCUGAACACUUUGAGAUCUCUUUGAGAAGAUUGAUUGGAUUGUGGGUUGCAGAGGGUUUUGGGCACCAAAAGAAUGAUAAAGAGUCUCCAGAAUGUGUUUCUGAGAAAUGUUUGAUAGAGCUGGUAAACCGGAAUAUGAUCCAAGUGACAAAGAGGAAGCUAAAUGGAAAAAUCAAAGCAUGCCGCUUGCCUGAUGCUCUGCGAGUUCACUGGCUCGUAAAAGCCAGGGAAGCUUUUCUGCAAGAUAAUGGCCAUAUUGGGGACAAUUUGUCCACCAGCAGUGGUAUAAUACACCGACUUGUCGACCAUCUUGACUGUAGACAUGCCAGCUUUGAUCAUAUUCAUGGAGACAGCACUACUUCCUCAUCUCUGUAUACUUGCUACAGAGACACUGUUUCUUUUCUAUCCUUUGAUGCUCGAGAAGGAAGCAGACCUGGAGAAGAUGUAGGUAAUUUUCUUCAACGAUGCAUCUCUAACAAAUGUUUCAGUUCUCUAUGGGUGCUAGACCUUGAACAGGUGUACAAGCCAAAGUUGCCCAAGGCAGUGGGCCAAUUAGCUCGCUUAAGGUACCUUGGCCUAAGGUCAACUGACCUGGAGAUGCUUCCUUCAUUCAUCAGCAAAUUGCUAAACCUUCAGACACUGGAUUUAAAGCACACUCACAUCAAUGCGCUCCCAAGUUCAAUCUGGAUGAUGAAGGAAUUGCGACAUUUAUUCCUGGAUGAGAGUUCUGGUUGCACAUUUGCACCUCGACCAAAAGACAGCUGCUUAGUGGAUAUCCAAACACUCUGGGGUGCAUUUGUAAAUGAGGAUAGCCCAGUUAUAGAUGGUCUGGACACAUUUCUGAACAUCACAAAAUUGGGUCUUACAUGCAAGAAAACGGAGCUUUCUCAGUCAGAGGCAAUGUCCUUGCAACUGGAUGCUGUAGCAAAUUGGGUUCUCAAGCUAAAUCAUCUUCGAUCUUUGAAGUUGAAAUCAUUUAACGAAUUGGGUCAGCCUUCGGAUCUACAACUAGAGUCUUUAUCGGGUCACUUGGAUCUCUCUAGUAUACAUUUGGUUGGAAACCUAAAGAAUCAGAAUCUUGUGUCAGAGUUCCCACAAAACCUUAUUGAACUCACUUUGUCAGCAUCUGGACUUGUAGAAGACCCAAUGCAAAUGUUGGACAAGCUUCCAAGCCUCAGAAAUUUGAGAUUAUUCUCUGGGACAUUCACUGGGAAGAAAAUGGUUUGUAGUUCUGGAGGAUUUCCUAAGCUUCAAGUCCUCAAAUUGUGGGAGCUAGAGCCGCUAGAGGAGUGGAAUGUGGAGGAAGGGGCACUGCCUUGUCUGAAAUGCUUGGAGAUCAGAUCCUGUACAAAUUUGGAGAUGCUUCCUGAUGGAUUGCCGUAUGUUAAGACCCUUCACAAACUAAAAUUAACAAAUGUGCCUCUGUUGUCAGCUAGGAUUAAGGAUAAUCUGGGUGAGGAUUGGGAUAAAGUUGCUCAUAUAUUGAAUAUAUAUACAGAAGAUGGAUAAUGCUGCACAGAAAGUCAAGUACCACAAAGGAUUCGUCUGAAGCUUCAUGAUUCCGACCUAAUCAUUGGCAGUACUUUUCAUUCAACUGAAGGUCUUCUUCUAGCUUCUACUCUUUUGCUUAAUGUAAAUAGUAAAUAUGUGGCGAACAACACCACCGUUUAUAUAUAUAUAAUAAUAACAGGGGCAUAUGAAAUGGUGAAAAAUGUUGCUAGCUAAGAUGAAUUUGGAUGAAAAUUUUGUAACUGUUGAUGGUUCUUUGUGGAAUGUGUCAUUUUUUGGCUAUAUAUUAGUCAGCUGCAGCCAUGUAUUAGUUUGCUAAUUUGAAGCAUAGCUCUUGCUGCUACUGAUUUUGUCAAGAUUAUCAUCAUUGUCACCAUUGUAAUUUCAUUUUGGUGGUUGCCAAAAUUUCACUGUUGCUUGCGCUAGUGUUCCUCUUUUAACUUUCCCUGAAAUUUUAAUAUCAUUUACUUCUUACC